UUCCUCCGCCACACCGACAAGUUUCGUUUUUUAGACAAAGCUGCCAUUUUUGAGAAGCAUCAACAAAGCAAAAGGCGUAUCGCGACGAUAACGCAGGUAGAAGAGCUGAAGCUGGUGCUUUCCGUGGUUCCUAUAUGGCUCACCUCCCUCCCCUUCGGCAUAUGCGUGGCGCAAACAUCGACCUUUUUCAUAAAGCAGGGCAGCACAAUGAACCGAAAGCUCGCCGCCGGUUUUGAAAUUCCACCCGCCUCUGUAUACGCCCUCGGCGCAGUUGCAAUGAUCAUUUCAGUUGCUUUCUACGAGAAGCUGCUCGUCCCAUUCCUGCAAAGAGCCACCGGUAACGAACGGGGUAUUAGCCUUUUGAAGCGGAUCGGGACAGGGAUGGCGUUCUCGAUCGUGGGAAUGGUGACGGCGGCCAUAGUAGAGAGGAAGCGAUUGCGGGUGGCGGAAGCAGAGCAAGCUAUGACCUUGUCAAUGAGCGUCUUCUGGCUAGUGCCGCAGUUCAUGGUAUUAGGAUUGGGUGAUGGGUUCACCAUUGUUGGGCUUCAGGAAUAUUUCUACGAUCAAAUGCCGGAUAGUAUGAAGAGUAUUGGGAUUGCGCUUUAUCUUAGUGUGAUUGGGGCUGGGAGCUUUUUGAGUAGUUUUGUAAUAACUUUGGUUGAUCAUGUGACGGGGAAGACGGGGAAGGGGAGUUGGUUUGCCAAGGAGUUGAACGAUAGUAGGUUGGAUUUAUUCUACUGGUUGCUGGCUGCGAUUAAUGGGGUCAACUUGGGUGUGUAUCUGUUUGUGGCGAGAAGAUAUUCAUAUAAGAGUGUGCAGAGGAGGGUCGGGGUGCCUGCUGGUUCAGUGGAAAUAGAUUGCGGAGGAGCAAUGGAGGAGCCUUGA